ACCCAAUGCAGGAAGUAGGAAGUAGCCAAUGUACACACCUUUUCGUGUUUUUAAAAGCUCUCUAACUAGCAAUACUUUAUACGUGACUAGGGUUCUCACGUAUGUUUUCGAAAUGAUCAGUCGUCGUAUGGACUAAGAAAGCGCUCACCAUAUGGUCCGUGGAUAACGUAUGACAAGUUGUGCCACAGGUCCGUUGACAAGGUUCUCUCCAUGAGUCACAGUCGGAACCCCCCGCCCAGGGGACAGGGGGCAGCGCGAGCCAAACAGAUGGGGCUGCUCCUGGAUCUGUCUCCGGAUGGAGGGAUGGAUGGAGGAGGAAAUGAAAAAGAGCUGGAGGCGGAGCUACUGGCUCUGAUGGGCGGGGGCGGGUCCCAGGGGAAGAAAGGGACAGGAAAAGCUCCAGUUCCCAUGGCUGAUAUCGAGCGUAUGGCGGCUCUGUGUAUGAAGGACCUUGAUGAGGAUGAUGAUGAUGGGGAUGAUGAUCUGGAGGAUGAUGAUGAUCUCCUGGCUGAGCUGAAUGAGGUUUUGGAGGAUGAUGAUGAUGAAGAGGUUCAGAAACCUGCCACCACUCCAAGCUCUAACUCCACCCCCUGCUCCACCCCCAGCACUCCUAGUGGUGCAACCGGGCUGGAGGCCUGCCUGGCUGAACGCAUUAACAUGUACCAGACAGCCAUCUCCAAUGCUAAUGCAGAGGGGGAGACCAGCAAGGCUCGCAGAUACGACCGCGGAUUGAAGACGUUGCAGUCCAUGAUGACAUCAGCCAAGAAAGGAAAACCGAUCAGCGAAGAGGAAAUCCCGCCUCCUGUCUCCACAGGUGGAAAGCCUGCCCCAGCCCCCGUGCAGCAGCCUAAACCAAUCAAAGAGCAGGGGCUGCCAACCCCAGUGCUGACGCCCUCCCCGUUCACCAAUCAGAAGCCACUGAGGGAGGCUCCGCCUGUUGCCCUGCCUCCUAAGCCCCGCCUCCUGGUCCCCCCUCAGAAACACACUGCCGUUACCCCGGAUACACCUGCUAUCUCCCCCCUCACCCCUAUUCAACCAGACGCACGGCACUCAGAGUUGAAGCAGUGUGUUCUAAACAGACAGAGGGAGUAUAAGCUGGCAGCCCUCCACGCCAAGCAGGGAGGAGAGUCAGAGCUGGCCAGACAACACUACCACAUCGCCAAGAAACUAGACCCAGUAGUAGAGGCGUUGGACAGAGGGGAACCAGUGGACCUCAGCUCUCUACCUCCCCCUCCAGGAGAUGCAGUGGUAGAGCGUUCAGCUCCUCCCCAGUCUUCCUCCAGGCCCUCCCCUGCAGCUCCCCCGGCGGCCGACUCCGCCCUCCCAGCCCCAGGCAAUGUAGGGGAAGCGUUACAACAGAGGAUGGACAGAUACAAAGCUGCAGCAGAGGGGGCCAAGAGCAAAGGAGACGACCGCAAGGCACGCAUGCACCAGCGCAUCGUCAAGCAAUACCAGGAUGCCAUCAGGUCUCAUAAGGCUGGACGCCCAGUCAACCUGGCUGAUCUUCCUGUACCACCAGGCUGUCCUCCGCUGCAGGGCUCAGAGAGCAGCCAGCAGAACUUCAUGGGCGUCCUGGAGACGGCCAUGAAACUAGCCAAUCAGGACGCAGACGCAGAGGAUGAGGUCGGAACAGAGGAAUUGGCCAAGCCUGCAGUGGGAGCUCCAGUCCAGAAAGGCAAAGCCCCGACCCCUCUCACACCAGGUUCUGGAGGCAACACAACACAGGGCUCUAGACUGGGGCUUAAAGCCCAGCAGCAGUUGGACUUCCUGUUGCUGCGGCGACAGGCGUUCAUCCGCGCGGCGCUGCGUUCUAAACAGAUGAAGGACAUGCAGGGAGCGGCGGUCCAUCUCCGACACGCUAAAGGACUGGACCAGAUGAUCAGCGCCACCAAGGGAGGCCUGCCUGUAGACAUCACCAAGGUCCCCAGUGCUCCAGUCAGUGAGGAGGACUACUCUCUGGCUCGGUCUCGUUCCUCUCCUCGCUCCUCAGAGCAAUACAACAGCCUCAUGGAGCUCCUCCGACAGCAGCACCAGAAAUGUCUGGGCUACUCCCAGCAGUUCACUCACAUGGGAAGUGUGGCCGAGACCUCCAGGUUUGAGAAGAUGGCAGAGGAGUGUAUGCAGAACAUUGAGGUGCUGAAGAUGGCCCACGCCAAGGGCCAACCUGUCCCCAAAUACCACACUGAGGAGAGGACCUUCAACACUGUCAAAAUGUAUCCUGACCUGACAGCCAAUGAGAUGACGCUGUACAUCGUGAAGGGCAUCAAUCUACCUGCUCCAUCAGGAGUCUCUGCCAGUGAUCUGGACACCAGUGUGCGCUUUGAGUUUCCUUUUCCUAGUAUGGAGGAGGCCCAGAGGGAUAAGACCAGUACAGUGAAGAACAGCAACAGUCCAGAGUUUAAAGAGAAGUUUAACCUGAACAUCAACCGUCAACACAGAGGCUUCAAGAGGGUCGUCCAGGCCAAAGGCAUCAAGUUUGACAUCAUCCACAAGGGGGGUCUGUUCAAGGGGGACAAAGUGUUGGGGAACGCUCAGCUGAAGCUGGACUCACUGGAGAACCAAUGUGACAUCAGACAGAUUAUAGAGGUGUUGGAUGGUCGUAAGGCUACGGGGGGUAAGCUGGAGGUGAGGGUGAAGAUUCGGGAGCCGCUGGGAGGAGCACAGCUUCAGAUCACCACAGAGAAAUGGCUGGUCCUUGACCCUGUACCAAUCACCACCCCCGACAGAGAGAGAGAACAACAGAUUGGUGAUUACAGGAAGAGUAGGCGGGAUCCUCCGUCUGACCUGGUACAGCAACACAAGGAGGUCACACACAGGCUGCAGUGGCAGAAAGCCCAGCUAGAGAGAGGCUCCCCUACUCUACUGUCAGAGUAUGAGAAUAUUUUGCAGCGUUUUGCCCAGGGCCUUGCUGAGUCAGUGAAGAGGUUUUCCAGCCAAGGCAACAGGGAUGCUGCUAAGGACGCUCUGGGACGGCUGAAGAUGGUGGAGACUGAGUUGGAAUCUCUCAAGAGGAAACGCCUGGUCUGAGAAGAGGAGGACAGAGGGACUGGAGAGUUGUCUGGAGUACUGUUAUGUUCCUCACACAGACACACAGCCAAUCACCUUCAACAUCUUCCUGCCACUCCUCUGCUCCUCUCUGCUCCUCUCGGCUCCUCUCUGCUCCUCUGUGCUCCUCUGUGCUCCUCUGUGCUCCUCUCGGCUCCUCUCUGCUCCUCUCUGCUCCUCUCUGCCUCCUCUCUGCUCCUCUGUGCUCCUCUGUGCUCCUCUCUGCUCCUCUCGGCUCCUCUCUGCUCCUCUCGGCUCCUCUCGGCUCCUCUCUGCUCCUCUCUGCUCCUCUCUGCCUCCUCUCUGCUCCUCUGUGCUCCUCUGUGCUCCUCUGUGCUCCUCUCUGCUCCUCUGUGCUCCUCUCUGCUCCUCUCUGCUCCUCUCUGCUCCUCUCUGCUCCUCUCGGCUCCUCUCUGCUCCUCUCUGCUCCUCUCUGCUCCUCUCUGCUCCUCUCGGCUCCUCUCUGCUCCUCUCGGCUCCUCUCUGCUCCUCUCUGCCUCCUCUCUGCUCCUCUCUGCUCCUCUCUGCUCCUCUCGGCUCCUCUCGGCUCCUCUCUGCUCCUCCACUAAUGCUGUUCCUUUUACUCUGCUCUUUACUUUGUAUUGUCAUUCAUUCAAUCAGUUAGGAAGAAGAACCCAUUUGAAUUAAAUAGACCUGCCUCCCAAAUGGCACCCUAUUCCCUAUAUAGUGCACUACUUUAGACCAGGGCCCAUAGGGACUAAUAUAGGGAAUAGGGCACCAUUGAGGAACACUGGCAGAAUGGGAUCCUGUGAGAUUGAUAGUGACAUGAAGACAGAAUGCAGGGCAGGACAGAGAAAGGCUUAUUUGCACUUGAAAACAAAAACACUACCGAUUAUUACCAAAACCCUGCCGCCUUCACUAUAGUCUUUAAAGUCCUUCAAUGGCUCUCUCUCUCUCUCUCUCUCUCUCUCUCUCUCUCUCUCUCUCUCUCUCUCUCUCUCUCUCUCUCUCUCUGUUUCAGAGUGGUGUGUGUAACUCCUGGUCUCCACAUUGUGUGUGUGUGUGUGUGUGCGCGCGUGCGAUGUUAAUGAGCUUAAUCUAAUCUGUCUGCUCCACUAUUCCCAGAUUACUGUAAUAUGACCCGUUUGGUGCCGUGUGAUAUGGGAACUACACGGAAACGGGAACUAUAUCCCAUAAGGAGGGAUUAGCGAACACUGGUGUCGCCAUGGAGACAUCUCAUUCAGGGAAGUGAGGAGAGGAGGUACCCCAGGGGUUAAAUUGAAGAGGACAGGAUUAGAAUUCGUGGAGAACAGACCAGUAGCUGUAAAACCCACAGGAUUGUCUUUGAAUUGGGAUAGAGGUUCUCUAUUCAUUGUAAUGCUAUGGUACGGAGUCUGGGAGCCCCUUUAAAAGGACCCUUCUUAUAGGACCAUAUUUAGCCUAUUGUGAUGUCAUCAAUUUGGCUUGCGUCAAGUUGCUAUGACGUCAUCAGUUAGAAUGUUCAAAGGACUGCGUCAUCACCACAUUGUGAUGUCAUCAGUUAGAGGGUGUGUUCCUCUGUUCAGAUGUUGCUGACGCCAGAUCUUACAUCGCCUGGAUAGGUAUUUUACAUUUUGCAGAGAGGGACAGAUGGGCAGAGAGAAGGGCAGACGGACAGGCAGAGCUUGUCAGAGGGGACACUGUUUAGUCAGUGUGGUUUGGUCGUGGUGGGCCGGCGACCACAGCUGCCUAUAGUGUUGAGGUCAGCCCCUUUUCUCAGAUUUUGGAUAGAGAAAGGAGGUCUCCUCCUCUACCCCUCUAUAGACCCAGACACCCUGAGGUCUCCUCCUGUACCCCUCUAUAGACCCAGACACCCUGAGGUCUCCUCCUGUACCCCUCUAUAGACCCAGACACCCUGAGGUCUCCUCCUCUACCCCUCUAUAUAUCCAGACACCCUGAGGUCUCCUCCUGUACCCCUCUAUUGACCCAGACACCCUGAGGUCUCCUCCUGUACCCCUCUAUUGACCCAGACACCCUGAGGUCUCCUCCUGUACCCCUCUAUAGACCCAGACACCCUGAGGUCUCCUCCUCUACCCCUCUAUAGAUCCAGACACCCUGAGGUCUCCUCCUCUACCCCUCUAUAGACCCAGACACCCUGAGGUCUCCUCCUGUACCCCUCUAUAGACCCAGACACCCUGAGGUCUCCUCCUGUACCCCUCUAUAGACCCAGACACCCUGAGGUCUCCUCCUGUACCCCUCUAUAGACCCAGACACCCUGAGGUCUCCUCCUCUACCCCUCUAUAGACCCAGACACCCUGAGGUCUCCUCCUCUACCCCUCUAUAGACCCAGACACCCUGAGGUCUCCUCCUCUACCCCUCUAUAGACCCAGACACCCUGAGGUCUCUCUCCUCUCUCCCUCUCUACACUACAACAGUAAUUUAGUAGCCUACUGUAGUGGGAUCUGUCUCUGUAUCCACAGCAUCUGAGUUGGAGUGCUGAUCCAGGAUCAGGUUCCAACCUGUCCAUAUAAUUUGAUUCAUUAUGAGCUAAAAGGCAAAACUGAUCCUACAUUAUGACAUCACUCCAUACUAGAUCUACUCUGAGAAGCUUUGAGGAUACAGGCCAAGUCCCCCAGUCCUGGUGGCUAAACUGAUCCUGGAUCAGCACUGCUGCUCUGAGAAGCUUUGUGGAUACAGGCCCAGUCCCCCAGUCCUGGUGGCUAAACUGAUCCUGGAUCAGCACUGCUGCUCUGAGAAGCUUUGUGGAAACAGGCCCAGUCCCCCAGUCCUGGUGGCUAAACUGAUCCCAGAUCAGUACUGCUGCUCUGAGAAGCUUUGUGGAAACAGGCCCAGUCGUGGUGGCUAAACUGAUCCUGGAUCAGCACUGCUGCUCUGAGAAGCUUUGUGGAAACAGGCCCAGUCCCCCAGUCGUGGUGGCUAAACUGAUCCCAGAUCAGUACUGCUGCUCUGAGAAGCUUUGUGGAAACAGGCCCAGUCCCCCAGUCCUGGUGGCUAAACUGAUCCCAGAUCAGUACUGCUGCUCUGAGAAGCUUUGUGGAAACAGGCCCAGUCCCCCAGUCCUGGUGGCUAAACUGAUCCCAGAUCAGCACCGUUUUUUGUUUGGUUUGUUUUUUAUGUUUAAAACAUGUAUCCAUUGUUGGCAAUCAGUCAGUAUAGACCUGUUAAUAUAUUAUAUAUACAGCAUUGACUAUGGCUCUAUUUUUAAAUGAAGAACAUGUGUGUGUCCAAAGGUGAUGGAGAAUGAACUAUUAACUGGCAUUAUAAUGAUGUGGUCAAAUGUCUUGGGAUGGGAAUCAUGGUUGGAUUAAAAUACCAGAAUGAAU